GAAGAAAGACGGUCUAAAACCAAAGUUUCCAGAAUCUCAAAUCAAUGGCUAUGGCUUCCUCCUCGACCUCGUACAAAGAGUACGAGAUCAGAAAAAGAAACCCAAACCCGAAAGUGGCUGCCCUUUUAGUCAUCGACAUGCAGAACUACUUCGCCGCCAUGGCUAAGCCUAUCCUCCAAAACCUCCUCACCACCAUCCGUCUCUGCCGACGCGCUUCCAUCCCCGUCAUCUUCACGCGCCACUCCCACAAGUCCCCCUCCGACUAUGGCAUGCUGGACGAGUGGUGGAACGGCGACCUCGUCUUCGACGGGACUCCCGAGUCCCAGCUGAUGCCCGAGCUCGACCGCGGGCCCCACCAGGACCACGUCGUCGACAAGAACACCUACAGCGCCUUCCGCGGCACGGGCCUCGAGGACUAUUUGAAGGAGAGGGGCGUCCAGGAGGUCAUCGUCACCGGCGUCAUGACCAACUUGUGCUGCGAAACGACGGCGCGUGAGGCCUUCCUCCGGGGCUUCAGAGUGUUCUUUUCUACGGACGCCACUGCCACUUCGGAUGAAGAGCUGCACGAGGCCACCUUGAAGAACUUGGCCUAUGGCUUUGCCUACCUCGUCGAUUGCAACAGACUUGAUCAAGCUCUUUAGUUUCUUCUGCGAUUUCAGUUUUACUGAAUUUAAUGUUUCUUUCUGUAUCACUGUGUGUGGGACUGUGGUUGUAACAUAAGAUCAAACCUCUCAGUUAACCCAUGUUGUCUCAAAAAUAAUGUCACGUUUGUGGCAAUGAUCUUAAAAAUAAAACCAAUUUUCUUACGUU